GCCACACUCUUGCAUGCUUCGAUGUAAUAUUCGCUGGCUAGCGUUGGUUUGAAAAAAUCAUUAUUUAAUAUCAUAAUUAAAUCGAUUUCGGAAUAUAAAAACCAAUUGACGAAUCAAUACGAAUUUGCCUCUAAACACCAUCUAUCACGUUCAUCUCACAAUGGGUUCGGGCACGAGCUUGCCGAGGUCGGCGUCGAGUGUCCGGAGCACAGACAGUCGAAGAGGAAAACGGGGUACCAUGCAGACCUCGGUUACGAUCACGGUGACGGAAGACCAGACGGGUCUACGUCCAAACUGUGAAUGGACCGAGACGUACUUCAACAACCAGCCCGCUAGCGAACCGUACAGCGACGACGACCUGGAGACGGUGUUCGACGACUGUCUCGACGCUCGGUCCGUCAUCGAUGGGGAGAACGGUAUCGAUUUGAAACCGUCCAAUAAAUCACUUCAUGCAAGUACUCUUCAUGUCUCCAUACCGAAGCUACAAUCUCUUCAAAUCACUGGCUUUGACACGCACCUGAACGAAAACCAAAAGGAACACCGGACGGAUGAAUAUGAAAAUGAAAAUCUGGUGAUCCGCCGAGGCCAAAACUUCAAACUUACUGUCAACUUGAACAGAAAACAUAAUCCACAGAAAGAGAACCUGUACUUACGAUUUGCGGCAAAAUCAAAGCAUCCAAGACAAGCCAAUGGCACGCUCAUUUUGUUAUCAUUUGACGGUUCGGGUGAGAACAACGGAUGGACCAUAAAGCAAGAGUCUUCUGAGGAUGGGUUUGUCACUGCGACUGUAAAUGCGUCUUCGGGAUGUAUCGUUGGCCCUUACGGAGUGACCAUUGUUGUAAAGAACAAACGAACCGGUCUCCAACGGGAGUUUAAGCAGACUGAGACCAUUUAUAUACUAUUCAAUCCCUGGUGUGAAAGGGACUCUGUGUACAUGAGUGAUGAAAAAGACAGACAGGAAUACGUAUUAGAAGACUUUGGCCUAAUCUGGAGGGGUAAUUACAGGAACCCCCAUGCGAAGAUGUGGAACUUUGGACAAUUCGACAAAGACGUGGUGGAUACUGUUCUUGAGAUCCUGCACGACUUUGUCAGGGUAGAAGAUCGCGGGAACCCUGUCAAAGUUACACGUAUUCUUCCAGCUAUCCUCAAUGCUGCAGGUCGUCUCCCGGGUGGUGUCCUAUCCGGGAAAUGGGAUGGACUCUACAAAGGCGGCUCGCCACCAACCCAGUGGCAAGGCAGCGUCAAGAUCCUGGAGGAAUACCGGAAGCACAAGAAGCCAGUCAAGUACGGACAGUGCUGGGUUUUUGCAGGAUUAUUCACCACCGUCUUUCGCUGUAUCGGGAUUCCCACAAGGUGCGUUACGAACUUCUUCUCAGCGCACGACUCGGAUGACUCGAUGGUCAUUGAUAAGUUUGUCAGUCAUGACGGGGUAGACAUUCGUGGUGGGGACUCUGUCUGGAUCUUUCAUGCGUGGAACGAGGCGUGGAUGACAAGGCAUGAUCUAGACCCUAGUCUUGACGGAUGGCAAGCUGUUGAUGUCACUCCUCAGGAAACAAGUGAAGGUAUCUACCAAUGCGGCCCUGCACCGGUUGAAGCGAUCAAGCGAGGUUUGGUAAAUCAAGGAUAUGAAACUAGGUUCAUUUUUGCGGAAAUCAACGCCGACCGCGUCACGUGGAUGGUCGUCCCAGACAAACACCACCGCAACAACCCAGAAUCAGCGGGCUACGAGCUCGUUGACCUCGAGAAGAACGCCGUCGGGAAGAUGCAAUGCACCAAAGCAGUUGGCUCUAAUGAGAUACAUGACGUCACAAUGGAAUAUAAGCAUGUGGCAGGGUCUGAUGGAGAGAAAGAGAUAAUCGCGAAGGCCCUGGCCAAAGGAAUGCAACGAGGUUUCUACUACCAGGAACCUCCUGACCACGACAUCGUCAUCUAUCUGGACGAGCUCAACGACAUCACGAUCGGCGACUCCUUCGAGCUCAAGGCUCAAAUCGCUAACCUCAGCGAUGAAAGUAGGAAGGUCACAGUGAUCAUUACUCUUCACAGCACAAUGUACACAGGUGUGAUAGGUCACCAGAUCAAGAGGAAGAAGUUGGAACUGGAGCUAGGGCCACGUGACCACGUCCAGCAGAGCUUAUCAGUCCUGGUUGAUGACUACAUUGAUAAAUUAGAAGAACAGGGCCUUCUCACCAUCUUUGCGCUCCUUACAGUGAAGGAAACGGACAAAACUAUCUCAAAACGAGAGGACAUCAGGGUGAAGAUGCCUGACCUCACGGUCAAUUCAGAGGUCACGGGGUCAGAGGUCAAAUUGACCGUUCAGUUGACCAAUCCAUUGGACAGAGGAUUGACUAACUGCUUGUUUGUUAUUGAAGGAUCAAAGAUGGUCAAGCCUUUUUCGGUUAAACAAGACAAUAUCCGUGCCAAAGAAUCGAUCACUCGUGAUAUCACUUUCAGGGCGAGGAACACAGGACUCAAACCCAUCUUGGUGGGAUUCGAAUCUGAUCAACUUCGUGACGUCACUGGUCACGUGCUAAUACGUGUCAGAGCCCUUGAAUGCUAACUCAACCAUGGACCUGCUACAUGAUUCAAUGUGUCAAAUUAGUGUCCAUUUAUAUUUUGUACGAUAUCAAACUUCUGUAAACUAUACUAGUUGACAUGGCCCUGGAAAGCGGGGGUGCUGGGGGUGCUGAAGCACCCCAAGAUUUUCCUAGGGGUGCUGCGUGUGUUAUUUUCCAAAGGCAGCAGCCCCUAGAAUUCUGGUGGGCGUGUCAAAUAGGAGAAAUGUAUGAAAAAUGACCCUGUUUUUGACCAGUCAAUUUUUUAGGGACCAAAACGACCUUCAAUUUGUAGUGAAACGUUUUUUUGGUGUUUUUUUUUGUCAAUUUUUCUUCAGCAUUCGUUGACAGGGCCCUGUUACUUGAUGAGAGGGGGUCUAAGACGACCUCAUUUGAGUGAUGGGGGUAUUGUAGGGGCCCAGAUGUCUCUUUUAUACCCAUCUUUACCAUUUCUACCCUUUUAUCCCCUUUUCCCUUUCUACCAUUUCUGUUAAUUAUAAUGAUUACAGUGAUUAUAGCCUUCGAGCCUUAUCACAAAAAACGUUACAAAAAUCAUUAGAUUCAGUUUAUCGACAAUAAUUGAAUAAGAGCAGGGCCCUGAGAAUGGAUUUUUUUUGGUGGGGUGCUGAUGUAAAUUUGAAAGCAAAAAAAAAAGUUUUCGUUACACCAUGGAGCUAUUGUUACACGGUGAAGAUUUCUUAGUCCAGCGAAAUUUGACGAUUAAAAAAAAAAAAGUUUUUCACGUCAAAACACACCGCUUCCCAGGACCACGAAUAAAAGAGCAAAGUGGAGGAAUUUGUAAGUUUUGAAUUAUUUUCCGAAAUUAGAGAAUACCUUGCUUGGACUGUCUACAAACGGGCGAUUCGAUGAUGUCAUAAGCCCGGCACCUCUCUUAUGUGUACAAUUUGUUUUAUUACUUGUUUUGAUGGUUUUAUACGAAAUAUCGCUACAUUACACCAAAAAAUAUGAAUUAUGCCAAUCAUUCCGCUAAAAAGAUGGGGAAAAAACAUACUGGAUGAAUAAAUAAUACCAUCAACCCAUCAUGCCCAUUGCACAAAUUUCGCAAUAUUUCAAGCUUCUUUUUUUAGAAAUAAUUAUCAAACGAUGGUGAUGAUAUUCUAAUAUUUCAUUAGUAUGCUGGGUUGAUUUUUCACUUACAUUUUAUUCAAAUGAACUCGUCAUUGAGGAUGCCCACGAUCAAUUGGGCAAAUCGGAAUAUUUCAUUUCUGAUAUCUAUUUCGAACAAAAAUACGGAUUUUCAUUUUGUUCAUUAUUCAUUGAGGAUGCACAUGGGCUUACGUAUCUUUUCCAAAUCAGACAUUACUAUUUUAUUUAAAUUAAAAAGUAGAUUUUUUUUAGGGGGGGGGGGGGGUCGCAGCCCCGCAGUUUACUUGAAGUUCAAUACACCAUUGCAUCCUAAGAGAAAAAAAAAAUAAUCAAAGAUACAGUAUGAAUUAUCAAUCAUAUCAUUGAAAGAAAUAAAGUUUAAACCGAUUGAUUAUGCAGAGUAAUUGAUUUAGAAGUUUAUUUUUAAAGCACCUUUUUAUUUGGUGUAUAUGCGAUUCUGCGAUAUAAACCAGGUAAUAAAUUAAAAACUUUGGUAAUAAUGAAAAAAAAUCAAACCACCAAAUUAGAUGUAUAAGAAUUACGAAUUGAGUGAAGUCAUAGAAAUAGUUAAAAAGGCGCAAAAGAUUAUACAGGAUUAUAUCUACCGAUUAGAUCUACCGAAAUGAAAAAAAUAGAGAGGG